AUGUACAGUACCAUUACACUACCGGCCCACUGAAGCUUGGCCAUUGAACCCCAGCAUCCAUUGCAUCCAUUGAAAGCUCGAAAGCUUGAGAGUUUGGAGCAAAUCGGCCCACCUCGCUACACACUCGAACACAAGGCAUGUCACUUGCAGCAUGACGGACUCGGCCGUGAUGGCUUGACGGGAUACAGCUUCACUCGGCAGUAUUCAACAAUGUAAAUUUACCAUGCCGCUAAUCCACGCGAGGUCGAUUGGCCGCUGCCUGCCCCAAUUGGGCGCUCUCCAACUCAGACCAGCGCUAGCUCACGGUCUCGUCGCUUCAUCAACACCACCAUGUUGGCGACCGCGGGUUCCUUCUCGAGCGUUCGGCGCCACUGCUCGCAUACUCGCUCAGGCCAAGCUGGACCUCCCUGCUCUAGACUCUAAGUGGCGCGAGAAGUGGGCUUCGCUACCGGACUCGGCCCGCGAGACCAAGGAUGGCGCCCGCGCCCAGAGGAAAUAUGUUCUUCCCAUGUUCCCCUAUCCGUCGGGAUACCUGCACUUGGGCCAUCUCCGCGUCUACACUAUCGCCGAUGUAGUCGCCAGGUUUCAUUCGCUCCGGGGCAGCAACGUCCUGCUGCCCAUGGGCUGGGACGCCUUCGGGCUGCCCGCCGAGAACGCCGCCAUCGAAAGGGGCAUCAACCCGGCCACGUGGACUCGAGCAAACAUCGCCAAGAUGAAGGAGCAAUUGGGCCUGAUGAACGGCUCGUGGGACUGGUCCUGCGAGCUGUCCACCUGCGACCCCAGCUUCUACAAGCACACCCAAAAGAUCUUCCUCCUCCUGCAUGAGCGAGGACUCGCAUACCAGGCCGAGGCCGAGGUCAACUACGACCCCGUCGACAAGACGGUGCUUGCCAACGAGCAGGUGGACGCCAAUGGGUGCUCCUGGCGGUCUGGUGCCAAGGUCGAGAAGAGGAAGCUGAAGCAGUGGUUCCUCCGCAUCUCCGACUUCCGGGAACCGCUGCUCCGCGAUCUCGAGGUCCUGGCCAAGAACGACGCGUGGCCCGAGAGGGUGCUGACCAUGCAGAAGAACUGGCUGGGCAAGUCCACCGGCGCCACCAUCAAGUUCCCCGUCAUGGCCUUCAACCACGACAUGCACGCCGCCAUCGAGGUCUUUACCAGCCGCCCGGACACGCUCUUUGGGGUGCAGUAUCUGGCCCUCGCGUCCACCCACCCGGUCGUGACCAAGCUCGCCGAGCGCGACCCCGAGCUCCAGGCCUUCCUGGAUACUCUUCCGGGGCUGCCCCUGGACUCCAAGGUCGGGUACCUGCUGCCUCACAUUCGGGCCAUCAACCCGCUGGCCUAUCAUGACGAGACCCCCGAGGCGACCAAGAAGUCCAUCCCGGUGUACGUGGCGCCCUACGUCAUCGGCGACUACGGCGAAGGAGCCGUCAUGGGCGUGCCGGGCCAUGACGUCCGCGACCAUGCGUUCUGGACGACGCAUCACGCGGACGAACCCGUUCGCUACGUGCUCGCGUCUUCCGAGGAUGAGUCGACGACGGCCAUGAGGAACGAGCCGUACAUCGACCACGGCAUCAUGACCGAGCACAGCGGCCCGUACAAGGGGAAGUCGUCCAGGGAAACCGGCGAGAUGCUGGUGUCCAUGCUCCAGCAGGCCGGCCUGGCAGAGCCGGUCGAGAAGUGGCGGCUCCGGGACUGGCUGAUCAGCCGUCAGCGGUACUGGGGGACCCCCAUCCCCAUCGUGCACUGUGAUUCAUGCGGAGCCGUGCCCGUGCCGGACGAACAGCUGCCGGUCAUGCUCCCCGAGGUCGACGAGCAUUGGGCCGGCAAGAAGACGGGGAACCCGCUCGAGGCGCUCGAGGAUUGGGUCAAUACGACCUGUCCCCGGUGCAGCCGCCCGGCCAAGCGGGACACGGACACGAUGGACACGUUUGUUGACUCGAGCUGGUACUACAUGCGUUUCAUCGACGCACACAACAAGGACGCCCCGUUCUCGGCCGAGAAGGCCAAGGCCAUGUUGCCGGUCGACCUCUACAUUGGAGGCAUCGAGCACGCAAUCCUGCACCUGCUCUACGCCCGGUUCGUUUACAAGUUCCUCAUGACCUCGUCCCUUGUGUCGUCGGGGGAGGCGGAGGCGGAGGUGGAGGCGGCGGCGGAGGCGGCGGACAAGGUGCACGAGCCGUUUCAAAGACUCAUCACGCAGGGCAUGGUACACGGCAAGACGUACAUCGACCCGGCAACCGGCAGGUUCCUGAAACCAGACGAGGUCGACCUGAGCGACCCGCUCCGGCCAAAGGUGGUCGCCACCGGCGAGACGGCCACGGUCACGUUCGAGAAGAUGUCCAAGUCGAAACACAACGGCGUCGACCCGACCAACGUCAUCGCCCAGCACGGGGCGGACGCGACGCGUGCGCACAUGCUCUUCCAGGCGCCCGUCAGCGAGAUCCUCGAAUGGGACGGCGACAAGAUCGUCGGCGUAACCCGCUGGCUGGGCCGCGUCCACGACCUGGUGGUCCGACUGGGACCGGCCCCGCCGGACGGCGGCGCCCUCCCCACGCCGAGGAGCUACUUUGAGGAGACGGCCGGCCGGCUGGACGGCAUGGGCGCGCAGGCACAGGCGCAGUGGGACGCCGACGUGGCCGUGUGGCGGGAGGUGCAGCGGACGAUCGCGUCCGUCACGGCGUCGUACGAGAAGGUGUACGCGCUCAACACGGUCGUCUCGGACCUCAUGAGCCUGACCAACACGAUCCAGGACAGGGCCGGGGCGAUGAGCGAGGGGAUCCAGAGGCAGGCGCUGUCGGCCCUGGUGCGCAUGAUGGCCCCCAUCACGCCCGCCUUCGCCGAGGAGUGCUGGAGCCUGCUGGGGCUGCAGCGGCCCGAGGGCGGCGGCGGCGGCGGCGGCGGCGGCGGCGGCGGCGGGUCCAUGUUCCGCGGGCCGGGCAAGGCGAGCUUCCCCGUCGUGGACGGCACGCUGGAGCUGGAGGCGAUGCGGCCGAGGAAGCAGGCCUGCGCGGUGCAGGUGAACGGCAAGGUGCGGGUUAGCGUGGACAUUCCGACGCCGCCGAGCGGGCUGGCCGGGGAGGAGCUGAAGGAGUGGAUCGUGGGGGAGAUAUUGAAGACGAAGGAGGGCCAGGCUCGGCUGGUCAACAGGGGCGCCGACGUCUCGCGGGCCAAGAAGGUGAUUGUCAUCAAGAACGGCAAGCUUGUAAAUUUUGUAUUAUAACUAUCAGGUUUUUCCCUCUGUACAAACAACAACAACUCCUGAAGUGUCGAUAGAUCCCAUGUAGACCAAGAAUUGUAUGUAUGUACAUCUUAUCUAUACAGAUACAUCUAUAUAUAUAUCCUUGGGACCGCUUUCCCGUGUGUCCCGUAUCGUAUAUAUAUAUAUCCACCGACCAGUGACGCUCAUACACAUUCGACUUGACUUAAUCAACGAUACAGAUACACCGCCCUCCCGUUCCCCACGCCCCUCACGAUGACCUCUCUCCCCGCGAGCUGGACCCUUUCCCCCCGAUCGCCGGCGGCCGGCUCGUCCCGCCAGAUCUCGACCUCGUAUCCCUCCAGGCCGCCGCCGCCGCCGCCGACACCGCCGCUG